UUUUUGUCCUUUUCAUUUUUCCCGCCGUACUUCAAUUCCGACGCUGAUUGUAAAUUCAAGUUUUCAAUGCUUGAGGAGACGCCAGCCAGCAAGCGACCACGGCUCCAGCACAGCAGCAGUGACAACGACGGCGAUAUCGUUGACAGCAGUACAAAAGGCGCCAAAAGCAUCGGUGGCCGCUGCCGGCCAGCCGCGCUCGCGCUAAUGUUCGAAGCAGUGCACUCCAACACAGCGGUGGUGACCCAGGCAUCGGACCGUCCGCUCAAUCUGCUUUUAACCGACGCAUCAACACGCGAGUACAUUGAGCCAGAGCUCCACGACUGCCGCGUGCGCUGCGUGUUAGACAGCGCCGACGCACGCGCCAUCGUUUACCGCGCCAAGCGCAUGCAGGCCAAAUUGGACGCGCACCUGCACAAUGACCGCGCACAGUUUAUUCACGUGUUUCAACAGCGGAUGCAGCGGCUGCAGGAAUCAGGGCAGUUUAACGCGGCCGAUAUGCAGGUACUGCGGAGCCACUUUGCCGUUCUCGAGGGCAACCAGCAGCAGCCAGAGGCAGACUCUGAGGGCGCAGCAUCAGUGGCGGCAGCAGCAGCAGCAGCCGGCGAUGUGGUGGCUGCGGUUGUGCGACUGAAAGCGAGUUUUGCGCUGCCGGCUAAUUUUGUCGACGCACCCGAGACACACGCGUUAUUCCAUGCACUGUUCGCUGCUGCUGGCGCCUCGAUGCAGGCUGGCCGGCCGCAGUCUUUGCCUUUGCCAUUGUUGACGCGCGCCUCGUACGCGUCCGCAUUGGACGACGCGCUGCGCGACGCGCAACUACGCACCUGCCGCCGCAUCUCCAAGCAUAUAGCGGACGGCGGCGCCACGCUGCUGCUGCAUGGGCGGCGGAUACGCGGCGGCCCACGAGGCAUUGUGCGGAUUUCCAUUGGCGUGCGGCGCCAAGCGCUGCUGCUGGACUGGGCCGUGGCCGGCGACGCAGCGGAUGCCGCCGCGCAAGUAAUUGGCGCAGUCGCACGGCUCAGUGAUAUCGCAGCAGGCAGAGGGCAGAGGGGUUCCGGCUCGGCUCGGCUGAUCGGCGUUGUGGCGGCGGGCAACUGGCCGCUGAUCGCUGAUGUGCGGCGGCGCGUAGCUGCAUAUUUGGGCUGCGCGUGGCAUGCGGCGUGUGCGAUGCAGCAGAUCGACGUGUUGGCCUAUGGGCUGCUGCACGCGCGGCGCGCAGGAAUUGGCUCAAAUAGCCGCGCGCUUGAGCAGGCGGCCGCGGCCAUUGCGGCAGACCCGGCGGCGCACGCACUGUGGCUGGCACACGGCCACCGACCGCUCAACAGCGGUGCUCGGACCGGUGGCAGAGUGGCUGGGCUGCUGGCAACAUUCCAACGUAUGGUAAGGGUGGAUUAUGGGCUUUUACAGCGGCUGCGUGCGCUGGUCGGGGAGGCGGCAUAUGUGCAUUUUGAUUGUUUGCUGGACCGCUUGCGUGCGCCGAUGUUUCUGGCGCUGGUGCAGGCGCUGCGGCUGCUUGGACAUUGCGCCCGAGUGCUUGGGCAGGCGCCGUUGCUGCCGGAUGCUGCGCUGCUAUUGGCGCGGCUCGAGGUGACGCUUGAGUUGCUCGCUGCACCUGCGCAUUCCGCUUCUAAUGCUGAUGCUGCGCCAGUGUCCGAUGAGCUACGCGCUGUGGCCGGCCACUUGCUGGCGCAUCUCCGCCGCUGGUUGGCCGAGUCCAAUAAGCAGCAGCAGCAGCAGCAGCAGUGGCAAUGCUUUGACAUGCCUCAUCCUGGCGCACUCGCUAUCACUCUUAUCGACACUGCGCGUACCCUGUGGUGCAUACUGCAGACAGCAGAAAAUGAUUCAACUGCGUUCUCGACGCCUGAGCUGUACAUGCAUUGGGACGCUUCCCGCGCGGCACUCGGGCAUGUGCGCCAGACCAGUGCUGAGGAUCUGCCGGCAGACUUUGCCAUGCGCCGUAUUUUUGACCUUUCAGGGUUGGCAUCUGCCGACCGCAGUCACCAUUACCAGCCGUUUGUUUCUGUGGCUGCUGCAUUAUGCGAUGCCAUGGCCUGUGUCCCUGGGAUGCACUGGGAUGAUUCCUGGGAUGACUGUGCUGUCGAUGAGAUGCGAUACCGAGAGUUACUUUUGGUCGCCCUGAUGGAUGCUUUUGACUCGACUGGUGAUCUGGGGUUGGAGGUGCCGCCGCUGAUCCUGCCAGUUGUGUCAGUUGCUGAGCACCAGCGCAAAUUGAUUUCAUCCUGUGUGGAUCUGAAUGUCUUGGCCGAAGGUGAUCCUGAUAAUGCUGAUUUGGAUUUGGAUUCGGAUUCUGCUCAGCCAACUCUUGCUGCUGAACCAUUCCAUGCCACUGAGCUGAUUCACACUAAAGAGGCAGGGAGUAUAGCGAAUGCUGCUGCUGCCAACAGUAGUUCCGCGUAUGACGCCACGGAUGUUAUUGCUACAUGGCCUGCAGACGAUGGCAAUGACGAUGGCAGUGGCGAUGGCAAUGACGAUAACAUUGACAAUUCUAUCGAGACUGACUCCAUCAAUGCUGAUGCUGCCAGUGCUGCCAACGAUGAUCGGUCGCUGGACGACCAGCAGUCCCUGGACAACCAACGGUCCCUGCUGCUAUGCUAUUUUAAUCGCGAUCGCCUGCAAUCGCUGGUCCAAAUUUAA